AUGUUGGACACCUUGGUUGGUGAAUUCUUGGAGAGCACCUGCAUCAACCCAACCUUUAUCAUGAGCCAUCCCGAGAUGAUGUCUCCUCUCGCCAAGUACCAUCGCAGCAAGCCUGGUCUUUGUGAGCGAUUCGAGGCCUUCGUUGCCACUAAGGAGAUUUGCAACGCAUACACCGAGUUGAACUCUCCCGCUGUUCAGCGUGAGCGCUUCGAUGAGCAGGCUCGUCAGAAGGAUCAAGGUGAUGACGAGGCUCAGCUCAUCGAUGAGAACUUCUGCCAGUCUCUUGAAUAUGGCUUGCCUCCUACUGGUGGCUGGGGUAUGGGCAUUGACCGAUUGGUGAUGUUCCUUACCAACAACUAUAGCAUCAAGGAGGUGCUUGCCUUCCCCAUGAUGAAGGAAGAUAAGACUGCUCACCAUGGCAAGUCUGUUCUGGAGGCUGUGAACAGCAAGCCCCAGCCUGAGGAGGGUAACCGUAUGAUACUGAUCUCUGCCAACUUUCACGAACCGAUUUCACUAACAAUGAACCUGCAGCCAACUAAUCAAUGA